UUAGAGAAUAAUUUUAGUAGUGAGGAAGUUAUGGAGAAAAAUAUUGGCAUUGAAGAAGUUCUAAAGAAAAAUGUUGACAAUGAGGUAAGUCUAGAGCAAACUAUUGAUGUUAUGGAGGGUGUGGUGAAAGAUUCUAUACAAGAUGGUAAAAGUAGUAAAAGAGUUGGUGAUGACGAAGCCUGGAUUGAGGAUGCCGAGCCUGAAAUCACUGCAAUCACCCAACAGUUUUGUGACAAAAAUACUUCUAAUAUGGGGAGUUUGGUGGAUGAUUCUGUACAACUUGGUAAAAAUAGUUGUGAGGAAGGUGGUAAGGACAAUAGCUGGAGUAAUGAUGCUUAGGCUCAAAUAACUGUAAUCACCCAAAAGUAUUUCAAUCAAAAUAUUGUACAUGGUGAUUGUUUAGGAGUGGAGAAAAAUAUUGCUACUAUGCAGGAAGAUCAUAUAGUUGUUGUUGAUCAUGACACACCUGAAAUGAACCCUAGAGAAAGGAAACCAGCAGGGGUCAUGAAGUCACCAUUCAUAAACACAUUUGACUCUGGUGGCACAAUCCAAGUUGUUGAAAACAAGCCAACUAAGUCAAAGAAGCCCAUCUUGACUAUAAAGUAUUCUUUUGAGGGAAAUGUUGACAAUCCUGUUGAUUUCAAAGUAUUGUGUAAGUGGAACACUUUCAUCAAUAGAGGCUUAAGGACUAAUGCGCCGGACGGUGUUUAUACAGAGGCUGGCAAUAAGCUAAAUAAAAUCUUUGAAUUUGGAGUUGAUGAUAUUGGAGAAAAAAAAUGGUUCUUCACAUUUGCAUAUCCCGGCCUACCCUUGUGUGAUUCAGUACGUCAACACUUUAACUGUAAAAUAUAAACUGGUGAUAUACAUUUUUAGUUUUUUCAUACUGUAAUUUUGUGACUGUGUAUAUUCUUCACAUUUCAGCAUAUUGAUGUAAUUUUUUACUAUUUGAGAAAGAAAGGGAAGUACG